AUGGCUCCAUCGAACAAGUCUGCGAUUUUCUGCUCUGACGAGGACAUCAUGGUUGAUAUGGUGAUUGCUGCGAGCCAAAAGAAGGGGACAGUCGCUCUUCCGUCGUACGGACGUGAACUUGUGCCAUACUUCGUUCCAGGCUUCACUAACUUUACUGAGGAUGCUGUUAACAUCAAUACGGACGUGGAUGCUAUUAGGAGGAAUGGAGCAAGUGUUCUUGAGAUUCCUCAGCCAGCGGCGGUAGCUGGCGGCAUGCGGAAAGGUCGUGGCAACACACGGAGAUCCCCCAAGAAGAAUAGGUCGCGACAUGGAUCUCCUAACAACGAUACGCAAGCUCGUUUCACGAAUAAUGGUGCUUCAGCAUCCGGCGUGGCGGUUAAUUCCUCAACAACCAGCUACACCGCUCCCGCAGCUGCAGCACCCCUUCCCUCCCGCGAUGUAAUUACUCCGCCACCUACCUCGGAAGCGUGGGCUGGUCCUGCGUACGUGAACUCACCUCCUCCUAGCUCGCUUCCUCUUCCCAGCUUCCUUAAGGCUCAGCUUAAGCCGAGCCCUACCAAUGUUCGCGUCUCGUCGUCGGAACCCUCCUCUCCUCUCAAGCAGUCAGCACCUGUUUCCACUGAUUUCGCUCAAGACUACGGCCGCGUUCCCGUGCCGUGUGCCACGGAGCACAUGAUGGCCUACCCGAUGAAUACGUCCGUGAUUGAAGGCAACCUGAAGAGGCUUCUUCAGGUCGCUUAG